CAACAUUGCCCCAGCGGACCCAUCCCAACCUGGCCAGCCACCUAACAUUGCUUCAUCCCGCUUUCAGCUGCCCUCCGUUCCCAUCCAUAUCACAGCAAGAACACGUCUACAUACGCGUCUCGUCUCUAUCCUACUCCUCUCAACCCACUCUCUCACGCACACGCAACCGCUAUUGCAUAGACGGCUUUCCAAACACCGCCGACCGUGGCCCGUUCAUUCUCAGCCGCAUUCUCCUCACCCUUCGUCGCUUGCAUCCCGCCCCACCAUGGCGUCGUCGCGGCGCUCAUCGGCGUCGCCUCCGUCUGCGCCGUUCGCUGAGCCAAGUGAGAUGGACAAGUACCGUCUCGUCAGCAAUAUCGGCAAGGGCAGCUUUGGCGUCAUCUCAAAGAUCCAGCGGAUUGAAGAUGGCAAGGAAUUCGCUCUGAAGGAGCUCGACUACGGCAAGAUGAACGAGAAGGACCGCCGACAAAUAAUGGCGGAGGUCGCCAUUCUCGAGUCCCUCAAGCACCGCAACAUUGUCCAGCUUGUCCAGAAGAUCCGCGAUCCCAAGAACGAGCGCAUUUACAUCAUCAUGGAGUACUGCACAUCCGGCGAUCUCGGCUCGCUCAUCCGAAAGGCGCAGCGCAGCGGCGCCCCUUUACAUGAGGAUCGCAUCUGGAAUAUCUUCCUCCAGAUUGUCCUCGCGCUUCACCACUGUCACUGGCCUGAGCAGCGCCGGGCGGCUAUUCGUCCAAGCGGGGAUGCGGGGCGGACUCAGGUGUUGCAUCGCGAUCUAAAGCCUGAAAACGUGUUCUUGUCCGGGGACUUCGUCAAACUGGGUGACUUUGGUCUGAGCAAGGACAUGGCCGGACAUGUCUUCACGCAGACCUACGUUGGCACGCCGCUAUACAUGCCUCCAGAGAUCCUAGCUGAAAACCGAUACGACACAAAGUCAGACAUCUGGUCACUGGGGUGUCUUGUAUACGAGAUGUGUGCUUUGCACUCUCCGUUUCACACAGCUCGUACGCAAGAGGAGCUGAUAACCAUGGUCAAGAGUGGCAAGCUGCCACCAUUGCCGAGCAAUAUCUCGCCGGCGCUUAAGCUUGUCAUCAAGGCCAUGCUUAACCUCAAUCCCGUGCGGCGACCAUCGACCCGUGACUUGUUGGAGAUGGACGAAAUGAAGCUGCACCGCAAGUUGUUUACCGUUCAGAACCAAACCUCGGUUCUCACUGCCCGCAAGCAAGAGCUGGAGCAAUGGGAGAUUGCCGCUAAGAGACGUGAAGAACGCAUCAAGCAGAAAAUCGCCGAGCUCGAGGCGCGCGAGCUGGCUUUGAGCGAACGCGAAAACGCUAUCAACCAGCGCGAGGCUGAUUUCAACAUGCACUGGCAGCAGCUUGAGCAGCGCGAGGAGAUUGUUCGCGAGAAUCAACGACGCUUGGCGGUCUCUCACGAGUCACUGCAAGCCCAGUGGGCCGCGCUGCGAGAAGAGCGCGCCAACCCACCCGCUGUCGCGCCGGCUUCGUCUGAAGCAUCGCAGGAGAACACGGACUUUGGCCCUGCUCCGCAGAGACCACCGCUAGAGGAGCGUAAGACUAUGCCAAUCCCCUCCACGACGGUGCGACAUGCCGCGUACAUCGAUACGCCGAGCAAAAUACCUGGUGCAGUGGCAUACGACAGCCCUGCGCCACUCGACUCCAAAAUUGCCUCCAAGAUUUCAAGGCUAAACGGGCGGCGUGCGAGCGGUGGCUCGUCCCUCCCGCGCCUGGCGUCCAAAUCCAUGACCAACCUCAAUGCUCGUGCGCGUCUCGACGGGGAGCUCGCUACCCCCGUGAAGAGCGACACGUGCCGCCACAUGCCUGGCCGCACGUCGAUAGGAUCACCCGGCGAGCUGGGUCGCGAUUUCCUCGACGACGUGUCGAUGCGUACGGCGACAUCGUUCGGGUCUCCUGCCGGCAUGAGCCCGUUCAUUACGCGUGCGCGAAGUGACGACGAGGUUGACGGCCCCCCCACGCUCAUUCCGCAACCCAACUACGUGUACCGUCCCGAUGCGACACCGGCCAAGUGGAACCCCGAGGACCCCGACGCGCCCUCCCCCUUCCUGCGUCGCACGGCUACCUCGGCACCCCCCGUACCGCAGCCUGCUUUUACAUCGGGCAACGGGAGCUCUCGUCCCUGCGCGCAGCCGCGUGAUGUUCCAGCGCGGCCGCCACUGUCGGCGAUCCAGCCGCAACCUGCUACCGCGCCGGUCGCUGUGCAGCGCAAGCUUCCACGAUCACGCUCUGGGACGCUUAGCCUGCAUCACACUGCAGUUGUGCGCAACGCCGUGCGUACCGAGGGGCUGGUUGGCGCACCAGUGCGGACACGGGUUGCCGGGCGCGACCUGGCACGGUGAUAGACUUAGCUUGGGCAAACACUUGGAUUCCUUGCUAGAGGGCGCAGCGCAUGCACGGGUAGCUUGUUCAAGAGUGUAGUAGCAACAACUGGGCGAGAUGCCACUGCUGCGCGU